AACGAGAAGGCGACGAUGCAGAACCUCAACGACCGCUUGGCCUCGUACCUGGACAAGGUGCGGCUCCUGGAGGGGGACAAUGCUGACCUGGAGUGCAAGAUCAGGGAGUGGUACGCCAAGGUGGGGCCCAUCUGUGAGCCACGGGACUACAGCUGCUACCACAAGGAAAUCGAAGACCUUCAGAACCAGAUCCUGUGUGCAGCCAUGGAGACUAACAAAAUCCUUCUGAACAUUGAUAACAACAGGAUGACUGCUGAUGACUUCAGAGUGAAGUACGAGACCGAGUGUGGUCUCCGGCAGAACGUGGAUGCUGACAUUAACAACCUCCGGCCCGUCCUGGACCAGCUGGCCAGCUGCAAGACCGACCUGCAGCUGCAGUGUGAGGCUCUGACAGAGGAGAUGUGCUGCCUAAAGACCAACCACGAGGAGGAAAUGAGCUGUCUGAGGAAACAGGCAACUGGGGAUGUGAGCGUGGAGGUCAAUGCCUGCCCUGGCCCAGACCUGAGGAAGAUCCUGGAGGAUCUGCGGUGCCAGUACGAGACGCUGAUGGAACGCAACCGCAAAGAGACGGAGCAGUGCUUUGAUAAGCAAAGCGAGGAGGUGAAUCGGGAGGUUAUUACAAGUGGUCAGGAGGUGGAAACGUGCAACAACCAGGUGACUGAACUGAGACGCCAAUUGCAAGCCCUGGAAAUCGAUCUCCAAGCUCAGCUCAGCCAGAGGGACAAUCUGGAGUCCUCGCUGGCGGAGACAGAGUGUCGCUACAACAACCACCUUGCUGAGCUGCAGAGCCAGAUCACCUGCGUGGAGCAGCAGCUGGCUGACCUGCGGGCAGAGAUGGAGUGCCAGAACCAAGAGUACAAGAUCCUGCUGGACGUUAAGUGCCGCCUGGAGCAGGAGAUCCACACGUACCGCUGCCUGCUGGAGGGUGGCCAGCAGGACCUUAUUCAGCAAGGAGGAAUUGGUCAGUCUUCAGGUCUCGGAGGAGGAGUUGCAAGAAGCAGUGGGAUAGGAGGAGGAGGCAUCAUUAGGACAAGCCACACUUACACUUCGUCUGCCCAGAUCCCAUCCUGUGCAGCUGCGGAGAUCCAAGUGCCUUGCCGAAGGAUUUGUGAUUAAACAGAGAAAUGAGAAUAUCCAGCAAGAGAAGCCUGAAGCAGAGCUACAGAUGAAAAGAGAGAAUAUUUAGUGCAUGUGUCUGCAGAGAGCACGGAGCGUGCUCGUCUGUGUCGCUCAGCAGUGCUAAGCAAUGUGUAAGAGGGAUGAGCAGAGCAUUGAGCCACAUUCUGCUUUAUUUUGCUAUUUGCUUUUCAGUCUGUGCUGCUGUGUGUGGCCCAGCACCACGACUAUUGCUGUAGUCAGCCAGGGCUAUGAUCACUUAUGUACCUGCUGGUGAAAAAUGUCUAAUAAAACUUUGCUUCUGCCUAAUGCAAUCAAGAA